AUGGAGCAGCGCUUCACCUGGACUGCAGCUCUCCUUCCGGUUCCCGGUCGGCCCGGCAGCCCUCGGCUCGUCCUCCGGAGGGUCCCUCGUCCUCCGGAGGGUCCCUCCAGCAGCAGCUCUUCACCUGCCAGUCCCCCUGGCAGUCCCGUAAGACCACGCACACAGUUUCCAUCCAAUACAACUGAUGUGGCCAUGAAGGAGCAACGCCGCAAGACCCUUGCGGCUCUCAGUGAGGUGGUGAAAGCCCGUCCUCCUAAGAGGGCAUCCACUGAGGCUCCUGAAGCAGGCCCAUCAAAGUUACCGUGUAUUUCGUUUAACGUGUGGUCUGAAGAUCUUCCAGGGUGUUCUGCAGAAGACGGUGUGGAGUCCAGGCCAGGUGUGCAGGUGGGGUACCCCGAACCAGCUGCGACCGCCAGACCAGCUGCUCCACAGAGGUGCCAUAGGAGAGUAGCUCGGGUCUCCAGGGCUGCCCCAGGACGGGGCCUUCCGAAGGCAGCUCUGCCCCCCAGUGCUGCUCCAGGACCUGGUUCUCUGAAAGCAGCUCCACCCCCCAGUGCUGCUUCAGGUCCAGGUUCUCCCCGUGCAGCACUGGUUGGCACUGCUGCUCGAGGACAGGGCCCUCCAGAGGCAGCUCAGGCGCCCAGUGCUCCUCCAAGACUGGGUCCUCUCCAGCCGGCUGAGCCUCGCCCACUGUGGGACAUCCCUGAACCAGAGUGGGCGAGACAGGUAAGAUUGUACAUGGAGGCGAGAGAGGAGUGGUUUGAGAGCUGGUGGAGGAAGAAACCAGCUCUCAAACAAAAACGUAAGUAUAGAGGUAAGUAGUUUCACUCUUUUAGUGUAUGAAACUAAAAUUUUCCUUACUAAAGUCAAACUUGAUUUGUAAAGAGGUCUUCAGGUUAUUUGAGUUGUAAUAUUGUGGUGGCUUUACUGUGUUUAGUGUUUUAGUUGUCAAAAGUAAAAAAAAAAAAAACGUGUGUGUCUGUGAAGGGGGAGAUUAGUUUUUAGUUUAGUUAGUUUGAUGGGGGAGACAAGGCAUUAAAGUGGACUCAGGAAAACUAAAGCAGGUAAGAGGUCAAAGGUGACGAGGAGUUACAACAAAGGAGAACAGAGGUAAGGAGUUGAGUGGUAUUCAUUCUAUUUAAAAGGUAAGUGUUUAAUAUUUGAUAACAUACUGCAGAAUAUUUAGCCUAUGUUUGAGUUUUUUGUGAAGAUUUUAACUGUGUUUAUUUUUCAGGGAAGAGGUGAGGAGGAGGUGAAGGAGAGGAGGUGGGAGGGCCAAAGAUUUCUAGUGUCAUUUUAAAAGGUACUAAUUGAUACUGGUUUACUUCAUCAUGAUUUGGUUGAUGCAAACCUCAGUUGUUUGCGUCACAUAUUUUUUUUCUGGUACUUAUACUUUCCUUGGUUUAACUUUACAGACAGAGACAGAAAAGAGAGGAGAGGAGAGGAAAGGACAGGAAAUCAGAGGAGAGGAGGAGGUGAAGGAGAGGAGGUGGGAGGGCAAAAGGUUUUAAACUGUCAGAGGAACAGGUACAUAACAAUAGUGGUUUACCAUUGUUGCGCUUGUUUUAAAAUGUCUUUUGUUUUUCUCUCUUUUUGCAUUUUUUACUUUAACUUUCCUUUCGUCUGUUUUUCUUAUAGAAAAAGAGGAGAGAAAAAACCAGGAGGAGAAAGGAAGAGAGAAGAGGAAAGGAGGUGGGAGGGCCAAAGUUUUUCAACUCUCACAGAAAAAAGGUUCAUAUCAAUGUCACUCUGUAUUAUUUCCACUGAAUCACAUUAAUGGUGGUUCAUCUUUGUUUUUCAUAUUUAUCUGAACUCUCUGUUUUUCCAAAUUUUCCUGCAGAGAGAGAGAAAAGGAAGACCAUGUGAAGGAGAGAGCAGAGGAAAGGAUGGGAAAGGAGAGGAGAGGAGGUGGGAGGGCCAAUAAUUUCAACUGUCACUGCAAAAGGUACUUAUUAAUACUUGUUUACUUUAUCAUAGUUCAGUUGAUGCAAACGUUUAUCAUUUCCAUCACAAAUAGUUUUUUCUGGUACUUAUACUUUCUUUCAUUUAAUUUUACUAACAGAGACAGAAAAAAGAGGAAAAAAAGGAGAGGAGAGGAGGUGGGAGGGCCAAAGUUUUUUAAACGCUCACGGAAAAAAGAUUCAUAUCAAUGUUAUGCUUUCUUAUUUCCACUGAAUCACAUACAUGGUGGUUCAUCUUUGUAAUUCAUAUUUACCUGAACUUUCUUUUUUUUUUCAAAUUUUUCCUGCAGAGAGAGAGAAAAGGAAGACCAUGUGAAGGAGAGAGGAGAGGAACGGAUGGGAAAGGAGAGGAGAGGAGGUGGGAGGGAAAAAGGUUUAAACUUUACAUUUAAAAGGUAUUUAUCUAUUAACUUAUUUUUAUCAUCACAGUUUAUGCAAUAAUAACAAUCCUCCCUCUGGUGUCUGACUUUCUUCAUGAUUACCUUACCUCCUGUUCUUUAUUGGACUCAUUGAUAGAUUCACGAAGCUAACUGUGGAGGACAGGGAGAGGUGGUUUAAGAGCUGAAGUAAAAAAAGAGACCAGCUGAACCUACAGGGAAGUCUCCAGGUAAGUGCUGAAAAAGUAAAUGUGAAGGAGUUGUUGCAUGAGUUUAAUGAGGAGCUGUAUGAGGAUAAGAAAAAACAGAAAGUGUCCAUUAAAGAAGAACAGACUGAGCUGAUACAAUAGAAAACAGUGAUGAACAGAACGUUUACUGCAACGAAUACUGCACAUUAUUAAGCUUUUGAUUAAUUUAUUUGAUUAAGUUUUGUUUAAGUUUUUUUUUUAAGAUUAAACCUUUGUUUGUUUGUUUUUUUGUAGUUUUUUUUUUUCUUCAGGGAAGGACAAAGCAAAGAGGAGAAGAGAGGAGGAGGCGAAGGAGAGGAGGUGGGAGGGCCAAAGGUUCCAACUGUCAAUGUAAAAGGUACCUAUUAAUACUUGUUUACUUUAUCAUAGUUUAGUUGAUGGAAACCUCUAUUAUUCCCAUCAUAUGUAGUUUUUUUCUGGUAAUUAUACUUUCUUUGAUUCAAUUUUACUGACAGAGACAGAAAAGAGAGGAGAGGAGAGGAGAGGAGAGGAAAGGAGAGGAGAGGAGAGGAGAGGUGGUGGGAGGGCCAAAGAUUUUUAAAUCUCACAGAAAAAAGGUUUAUAUACAUGUUAACCCUUUCUUAUUUCCACUGAAUCACAUUAAAAGUUCUCACAUUAAAGUUCUUCUUCUUCCAAUGGUGGUUCAUCUUUGUAUGUUUUGUUUACCUGAACUUUCCUUCCUCCUAUUUUUUUUUCUGCAGAGAGAGAAAAGGAAGACCAUGUGAAGGAGAAAGGAGAGGAACGGAUGGGAAGGGACAGGAGAGGAGGUGGGAGGGAAAAAGGUUCAAACUUUACAUUUAAAAGGUAUUUAUCUAUUAACUUAUUUUUAUCAUCACAGUUUAUGCAAUAAUAACAAUCCUCCCUCUGGUGUCUGACUUUCUUCAUGAUUACCUUACCUCCUGUUCUUUAUUGGACUCAUUGAUAGAUUCAUGAAGCUAACUGUGGAGGACAGGGAGAGGUGGUUUAAGAGCUGAAGUAAAAAAAGAGACCAGCUGAACCUACAGGGAAGUCUCCAGGUAAGUGCUGAAAAAGUAAAUGUGAAGGAGUUGUUGCAUGAGUUUAAUGAGGAGCUGUAUGAGGAUAAGAAAAAACAGAAAGUGUCCAUUAAAGAAGAACAGACUGAGCUGAUACAAUAGAAAACAGUGAUGAACAGAACGUUUACUGCAACGAAUACUGCACAUUAUUAAGCUUUUGAUUAAUUUAUUUGAUUAAGUUUUGUUUAUUUAUUUAUUUUUUUAAGAUUAAACCUUUGUUUGUUUGUUUCUUUUUUUGUAGUUUUUUUUUUUUUCAGGGAAGGACAAAGCAAAGAGGAGAAGAGAGGAGGAGGCGAAGGAGAGGAGGUGGGAGGGCCAAAGGUUUCAACUGUCAAUGUAAAAGAUACCUAUUAAUACUUGUUUACUUUAUCAUAGUUUAGUUGAUGGAAACCUCUAUUAUUCCCAUCAUAUGUAGUUUUUUUCUGGUAAUUAUACUUUCUUUGAUUCAAUUUUACUGACAGAGACAGAAAAGAGAGGAGAGGAGAGGAGAGGAGGUGGGAGGGCCAAAGUUUUUCAACUCUCACAGAAAAAAGGUUCAUAUCAAUGUCACUCUGUAUUAUUUCCACUGAAUCACAUUAAUGGUGGUUCAUCUUUGUUUUGCAUAUUUAUCUGAACUUUCUGUUUUUCCAAAUUUUCCUGCAGAGAGAGAGAAAAGGAAGACCAUGUGAAGGAGAGAGCAGAGGAAAGGAUGGGAAAGGAGAGGAGAGGAGGUGGGAGGGCCAAUAAUUUCAACUGUCACUGCAAAAGGUACUUAUUAAUACUUGUUUACUUUAUCAUAGUUCAGUUGAUGCAAACGUUUAUCAUUUCCAUCACAUGUAGUUUUUUCUGGUACUUAUACUUUCUUUCAUUUAAUUUUACUAAUAGAGACAGAAAAAAGAGGAAAAAAAGGAGAGGAGAGGAGAGGAGGUGGGAGGGCCAAUAAUUUCAACUGUCACUGCAAAAGGUACUUAUUAAUACUUGUUUACUUUAUCAUAGUUCAGUUGAUGCAAACGUUUAUCAUUUCCAUCACACGUAGUUUUUUCUGGUACUUAUACUUUCUUUCAUUUAAUUUUACUAAUAGAGACAGAAAAAAGAGGAAAAAAAGGAGAGGAGAGGAGAGGAGGUGGGAGGGCCAAAGUUUUUUAAACGCUCACGGAAAAAAGAUUCAUAUCAAUGUUAUGCUUUCUUAUUUCCACUGAAUCACAUACAUGGUGGUUCAUCUUUGUAAUUCAUAUUUACCUGAACUUUCUUUUUUUUUCAAAUUUUUCCUGCAGAGAGAGAGAAAAGUAAGACCAUGUGAAGGAGAGAGGAGAGGAACGGAUGGGAAAGGAGAGGCGAGGAGGUGGGAGGGAAAAAGGUUUAAACUUUACAUUUAAAAGGUAUUUAUCUAUUAACUUAUUUUUAUCAUCACAGUUUAUGCAAUAAUAACAAUCCUCCCUCUGGUGUCUGACUUUCUUCAUGAUUACCUUACCUCCUGUUCUUUAUUGGACUCAUUGAUAGAUUCAUGAAGCUAACUGUGGAGGACAGGGAGAGGUGGUUUAAGAGCUGAAGUAAAAAAAGAGACCAGCUGAACCUACAGGGAAGUCUCCAGGUAAGUGCUGAAAAAGUAAAUGUGAAGGAGUUGUUGCAUGAGUUUAAUGAGGAGCUGUAUGAGGAUAAGAAAAAACAGAAAGUGUCCAUUAAAGAAGAACAGACUGAGCUGAUACAAUAGAAAACAGUGAUGAACAGAACGUUUACUGCAACGAAUACUGCACAUUAUUAAGCUUUUGUUUAAGUUAUUUGAUUAAGUUUUGUUUAAGUUUUUUUUUUAAGAUUAAACCUUUGUUUGUUUGUUUUUUUGUAGUUUUUUUUUUCUUCAGGGAAGGACAAAGCAAAGAGGAGAAGAGAGGAGGAGGCGAAGGAGAGGAGGUGGGAGGGCCAAAGGUUCCAACUGUCAAUGUAAAAGGUACCUAUUAAUACUUGUUUACUUUAUCAUAGUUUAGUUGAUGGAAACCUCUAUUAUUCCCAUCAUAUGUAGUUUUUUUCUGGUACUUAUACUUUCUUUGAUUCAAUUUUACUGACAGAGACAGAAAAGAGAGGAGAGGAGAGGAGAGGAGAGGAGAGGAGAGGAGAGGAAAGGAGAGGAGAGGAGAGGAGAGGAGAGGAGAGGAGAGGUGGUGGGAGGGCCAAAGAUUUUUAAAUCUCACAGAAAAAAGGUUUAUAUACAUGUUAACCCUUUCUUAUUUCCACUGAAUCACAUUAAAAGUACUCACAUUAAAGUUCUUCUUCUUCCAAUGGUGGUUCAUCUUUUUAUCAUUUCCAUCACAUGUAGUUUUUUCUGGUACUUAUACUUUCUUUCAUUUAAUUUUACUAACAUAGACAGAAAAAAGAGGAAAAAAAGGAGAGGAGAGGAGGUGGGAGGGCCAAAGUUUUUUAAUUCUCGCAAAAAAAAAGGUUCAUAUCAAUGCUACGCUUUCUUAUUUCCACUGAAUCACAUACAUGGUGGUUCAUCUUUGUAAUUCAUAUUUACCUGAACUUUCUUUUUUUUUCAAAUUUUUCCUGCAGAGAGAGAGAAAAGGAAGACCAUGUGAAGGAGAGAGGAGAGGAACGGAUGGGAAAGGAGAGGAGAGGAGGUGGGAGGGAAAAAGGUUCAAACUUUACAUUUAAAAGGUAUUUAUCUAUUAACUUAUUUUUAUCAUCACAGUUUAUGCAAUAAUAACAAUCCUCCCUCUGGUGUCUGACUUUCUUCAUGAUUACCUUACCUCCUGUUCUUUAUUGGACUCAUUGAUAGAUUCACGAAGCUAACUGUGGAGGACAGGGAGAGGUGGUUUAAGAGCUGAAGUAAAAAAAGAGACCAGCUGAACCUACAGGGAAGUCUCCAGGUAAGUGCUGAAAAAGUAAAUGUGAAGGAGUUGUUGCAUGAGUUUAAUGAGGAGCUGUAUGAGGAUAAGAAAAAACAGAAAGUGUCCAUUAAAGAAGAACAGACUGAGCUGAUACAAUAGAAAACAGUGAUGAACAGAACGUUUACUGCAACGAAUACUGCACAUUAUUAAGCUCUUGAUUAAUUUAUUUGAUUAAGUUUUGUUUAAGUUUUUUUUUUAAGAUUAAACCUUUGUUUGUUUGUUUUUUUGUAGUUUUUUUUUUUCUUCAGGGAAGGACAAAGCAAAGAGGAGAAGAGAGGAGGAGGCGAAGGAGAGGAGGUGGGAGGGCCAAAGGUUCCAAUUGUCAAUGUAAAAGGUACCUAUUAAUACUUGUUUACUUUAUCAUAGUUUAGUUGAUGGAAACCUCUAUUAUUCCCAUCAUAUGUAGUUUUACUGGUACUUAUACUUUCUUUGAUUCAAUUUUACUGACAGAGACAGAAAAGAGAGGAGAGGAGAGGAGAGGUGGUGGGAGGGCCAAAGAUUUUUAAAUCUCACAGAAAAAAGGUUUAUAUACAUGUUAACCCUUUCUUAUUUCCACUGAAUCACAUUAAAAGUUCUCACAUUCAAGUUCUUCUUCUUCCAAUGGUGGUUCAUCUUUGUAUGUUUUGUUUACCUGAACUUUCCUUCCUCCUAAUUUUUUUUCUGCAGAGAGAGAAAAGGAAGACCAUGUGAAGGAGAAAGGAGAGGAACGGACGGGAAGGGACAGGAGAGGAGGUGGGAGGGCCAAAGUUUUUCAACUCUCACAGAAAAAAGGUUCAUAUCAAUGUCACUCUGUCUUAUUUCCACUGAAUCACAUUAAUGGUGGUUCAUCUUUGUUUUUCAUAUUUAUCUGAACUCUCUGUUUUUCCAAAUUUUCCUGCAGAGAGAGAGAAAAGGAAGACCAUGUGAAGGAGAGAGCAGAGGAAAGGAUGGGAAAGCAGAGGAGAGGAGGUGGGAGGGCCAAUAAUUUCAACUGUCGCUGUAAAAGGUACUUAUAAAUACUUGUUUACUUUAUCAUAGUUCAGUUGAUGCAAACCUUUAUCAUUUCCAUCACACGUAGUUUUUUCUGGUACUUAUACUUUCUUUCAUUUAAUUUUACUAACAGAGACAGAAAAAAGAGGAAAAAAAGGAGAGGAGAGGAGAGGAGGUGGGAGGGCCAAAGUUUUUUAAUUCUCGCAAAAAAAAAGGUUCAUAUCAAUGCUACGCUUUCUUAUUUCCACUGAAUCACAUACAUGGUGGUUCAUCUUUGUAAUUCAUAUUUACCUGAACUUUCUUUUUUUUUUAAAUUGUGUUUAUUUGUUCCUUUGAGCAGCACUCCACAUCUCUCUGUUCCUCGCCUAAACUUUGUUAAACAGCACUUUAUUCUUUCUUUUCCCAAUAAAUAAUUUUUACAUCACGGGGAUUCAUGCUUAAGAGUUCAAUUAAGGGGUAUUUUUAUUAAAUGGUAAAACGGGUGUUUACAAGUCUUUUUGGCUCAAGAAAAAAAGUUCUCCUGAAGUGAGUGAGGAGCGCAAGAAGAGUCAACUUAAAUGUGAGGGUUUUAAGAAACUAUGCAACUGUGAUGAUAAACAACUGCUGAGAGAGCUCAGGUUUGCGUCAGGGACACAGACAUAGUUAGAAGAAGUGGUUACCGAUGCCAAGUCAGGGAGUGAGAACUUGUUGGGUUAGUGUUGGUGAAUUUUGUUUGAGUGUUGUGACAAAUGUAAGUUUGGGAUCCAUUUGAGCUGUUUUUGCUAUUGCCUAUUUGUUCAGGUCCUCUUACAUUUUACUGCAUUAGGGAAAAGGUGUGGGUUGUCGCUAAUAAAGGUAACAGCAAUAGCCAAGUAGUAGUCUCUAAGAUCAUUGCUAACUAGAUGAAAAUGUUUAAAUAAUUGGACAAGUAUAUCAAAACCUUUUAAGUUUUCAUGCUGAGCUACCACCUGGUUUGAGACAAAAGUGUCUUAAUGGAUUUAAGUACUGGUAUUCACAAUUUAAUUAAUUUCUUUGUGUUUUUCCAGAAGCUACUCUCAGAUUCAGACUUCCUCACCCACCAUUGAUGACAUGGUGGAUUCAUAUGCUGCAGGCUGUUUCCUUUCCACCCAAUGCCACUCCCAAAGUAUUAGAUUAUAUCUUUUUAAGUUCCUGGUAAAAUAACAAAAAUACAGGUUUUCUGCAAAGUAGUAAAGUAUUUAUAAAUCACAAAUGAAUACUAAAAUGCUAUUGUCCUCUCACAAGUGUCCAUGUCAUGCUAUCUGAUUUACAUUAAUUACAUGCUGUUCACUACACAUAUUGUCAGUUUGUUUUUUUUUCAGUUUUGCCACACUUUAUCCACUUCAUGGUGAGGACUCGCACAAAGAAAGAUGGGAAAGUCAAAUGUCUUAAAACGUUGGAUCCAUUUUAUUCAAAAUGGAUCCAACUUUUUAAGACAUUUGUCUUUUCCAUCUUUCUGUGUGCGAGUCCUGUAAAGCCUUUUUGAAUUAUCUUAUCCGUCCACCGCAUCAGAAGCAAGAAUACUAGGACUGAUGUUAAGUUCUUUUCUUGUUAAUGACUUGAUGAUGAGUACAUAAGAAAUGCAUUGACUUUGUUGUGGUGUUUGUUUCUGUUGAUAACUUUACAUGAAAAAUAAAAUUUUGAGACAAAUACUCUGAAAUGACAAAGCAUAUACUGUAUUUUUUGACAAUGACAAUGAUAUUAAAAAAAAAAAAAAAAUGCCACUGCCCAAAGUGGUGAAAUGAACCCCAUCGUUAAAAAAAAAAAAAAAAAGGCCAGGAUCUCUGUGCUUUAUCUGAGGAAGACGCACAAUGCUUCCACCAGCAGAUAAGAUUGAAGUAGCCAUCACACUGUUCACAUAGCGCCUGGCUUUGUCCUUUUUCUUGGGGCGGCUGGAUCUCCAUCACCUACUCUGGGUGAUGGCAGAGAAGAUGAUCUUCAUGGUGGGGAACUGUCGGUGGAUAUCCUGGAGGUCCUGCUUGAUCCCCGCCACAAGCCUGAUGGUCUUGGUGACUCUCAGGUCAUUCCUGAUGACAAAAUGACGCCUGGCACAGCUCUCCCUCCACAGCAGUGAUGAAAAAAGGAGAGAAAGUUCCUUUUUAAACGGAGCAUCAUAGCUGCGAGCCUCCCGCCGAACCAGAAAUUUAUGCGUAGUCUACAACACUACUUUGAAGCGCUGGUUUCUGAUAGUGGAAAAAAAAAACCCGGAAUUACCGAGAACUUUUUGGCUUCAAAUCCGUAUACAGGCAGAAUGCGGAGCCACAAUGCACUUAACUGAAAAAGCCGUUCAAACAACAUCAAGGCCAGAAUGGAACACUGUGGUGUCGUCACAUUCUGAAUGAUUUGUCAGUAAGUAUAAAGCCACGUUGUCACUAGCUCAGUUUUCAGUGCGACAAGUGUUCAAGAUGGCAGACGUCGUCCUCUGAGCUGCCGCAUAUCUUUGCAUCCGCCGUAGACGCCGCCGGCGUGUUUAGGUACAUGAAACCAUUCGAAGGAGGACGGAGCUGGGGGAAUUUCACCGCUUGCUCCAGGAACUCCGCCUAGACGAUGGGCGCUUCCAGUGAUAUAUCCGUGUGUCGUCGGCGCAGUUCGAGGACCUCCUCGCCCGGGUGGGAAGCAGCAUCUCCCGCCAGGACACGACCUACAGGCGCUCCAUCUCAGCUUCGGAGUGCCUGUCUAUCAGUCUGCGGUGAGUAUAAUCAAAUGUAAUGAAUUUAAAAUGAUCAGAUACACUGGGCAAAACUGCAAAGUUUAUCAGCUUUCUGUGCACUGAGCUCUUCCUGUGAGCUGCUCUCUGCCUCUGUCCUUUAAUAUCCAGUCAAAAUAAAACUUCUCUUGGACACACUAAUGUGAUUUUGAAAUUCUGUGAAUCUGAUCAAUUUACUAAAGACAGAUAAUAUAACUCCUGUGAAAAUAAUCCUAUCUGAUCAGACUGAUUAAGUCCUGCUGAAGAAGUAAACAGGAUUGGUCUGUUUCAUUUAUUUGAUCCACUCAGUAAAGUAAGAAGUAACACUGUAAAAAAUGAACCCUUAACACAUAUACAUACUGUAAAAAAAUUACCUGGACAUUAAUUAAUUUAAAAUGACUAGAUACACUGGGUGCUAGCAUAAAUGUCCGUGUCAAAGAGGAUUUGUGGACACUCAAAUCUUCGGUUACAUUUGUAUUUCAUAUGGCCUCAUAUUUUGAAUAAAAAUAGUAAUGAAACUAAUUUUUAUGUGCUUCAGGUUCCUGGCUACUGGAGACUCAUUAAGGACCAUUGCCUACAGCUUUCGAGUUGGAGUUUCCACCGUGUCAGGCAUCGUGGCAGACACCGUGUCCUGCAUCUGUGAGUGCUUGGUGGAGGACUUCAUGGCUGUGCCCACCUGUGAUGAGUGGAGAGCCAUGGGUUUUGAGGAGUGGUGGAACUUCCCCUUGUGUUGCGGUGCUGUGGAUGGGAAGCAUGUGGUUCUGAAGGCUCCUGCCAAUUCAGGAUCACAGUUCUAUAACUACAAGGGAACAUUUUCUAUUGUUCUCUUGACAGUUGUAGAUGCCAAUUAUUGCUUCCGAGUGAUCGAUGUCGGAGGCUUCGGGAGGACCAGGGAUGGGGGGGAUUCUGGCCAACUCUGCGUUCGGUCAGACCAUAGACUGUAUAUAAGAUGGACGCCGUCUGUCUCCUCGCCGGGUGAAGCCACUCCGAGAACAGCACCCCCUAGAGCCUGGCUGCAGUACAAGUCAUAAACCCCACUUCUGCCAGCCAAGUGAAUGGAGCGGCAGACGGCCUUUAGAAAUUAAUUUCACAGAAAAUACACUUUUCUCACCCCCGACUGCGAUGUUGACAUGUAGUUAUCAUUAGACUGGUUUGUGUUCAGGUCUUUUUUUCUCUCUGCAGCUCCAUUUUAAAAAGUUAUUAGGAGUUAUAAAAACAGGAAAUUGCGUCAUUCUCUACACUUUGCACUUGCUGCUUGUGCGUCGCUCUUUUUUGUUCAUCGUCAAGGCCGAUCGGGUUUGCUAGCGGAGAAGAGGAUUACAUUUUUCCAUCGUUUUUCUCUUGUAUUGCAUUGGAAAAAUGAGUUGUUCUGCAGUAAACUGUGUUAACUGAUAUGUGAAAUCAGGAUCUUUGCAGUUGUUUCGGUAAGUUAUGUUUUUUUUAUGAAGUCAUCAGCUUGCUAGCUACAUAACAUUAAACGGUCUGGUUUAAUUUAGCUAAUGGGGUUUACUUACAGAUACCAAGCGGUAAGUUCUGUGCCUUAUUUAAGCGUUUUUAUUAGAAGUUAAACAAUGAGGAAACCCCUUAAAAUCCGCCUUCUUUUUAUAACAAUAUUAUGACUACGUGACUUUGAAUUUGAAUUAAAAACCGUACCGAUCACACAGAUUCAUAUUAGCAACCAAAUACUACCACAGAGUAUCAGGGCAUGAAAUGAAAACUGGAGGCAUGAAGUCAUAAUGUUAAAGGAAUUAAUUCGCAUUUAAGUCAUUCCCCUAAUAUUGCAUCACUUUAUGAGAACAAGGCCAUGUAAAUGAAUAUAAUGAGAGUCAUGAUGUUAUGAGUCGAGGUUUUGGUAAUGGAUCAACCAGUUUACUCGGGUAUGUUACAACGAGAGCAGCCUGCGCUAAAAUCAGGUAUGGUUUAAUUAAAAUGCAUCUUUCGGAUGCACCGUCCUAGCUUUCUGGCAGAGGAUUGACCGCCGGUUCAGUCUCCUCCGUACAGCGGCAGUAGUAUUACAGCUUCUGGUGACAUAAUGAUAUUUGUCUAAGAUAAAGCUCUGAAACUGUCUUUAAUGGGACAAAACGUCGAGAAAACGAGACCCUAUAAGUGUAUAGAAGGACAUGCUCAAAAGAUUACUUAUACAAGUUGCAUAACUGUUAUUUAUUUUAUGUUAUCAAAUAACAUACAUAAGUCAUAAGUAUACUUCUGUGGAAUGACAAUUAUCAUUUACAGCAGCAUGGUAGAUCAUGUCUUACUUAAGUUUUCAAGAUAGAUAGAUAGAUAGAUAGUCCUGUUACUUAUGAGAUUGAGAUAAAACUAUGAGUAAUGUAAUUAGUUAUGGAAAGACAGCUGCAUAUGACAUACUUAAACAAUCACAAUGACAUUAAAAUUUUUGUUACAUGCAAAGAAAUCCCUCAAUUUUAAUAGGAUGUUCAUAAGACAUAUCACCCACAAGAUGAAAUGAUUUAGAUUAUUUAUACAGUUUGUAUAUUCAUUCACUUGAGGUAUUUUUUGUGAUUGUCUUUGAAUUUAGAGCUUUGGCUUCAGCCUGUUAUGCAACAAAGCAAGAAUUAAACUGAACGCAAAACAUUAACUUUGUGUUGCUUACAAACUUGACAAAUGGCAGUAAGCAAUGUUAUUGUAUUUUUGUAAAGUUUCCCUUUAGGUGACAAAGCGAGGCUGAAGCAGUGGCUGGUGAACACAAGACGGCAGGACUGGAAACCAACAGGAUCAUCAUGUCUUUGCAGUGCUCAUUUUGAAGAGCAUGCCUUUACUGUGGACUCAAAGGUUAAAUUAUUUCUUUUUUAAUGGACAGCAAUUUUUAUGAAGUUCACAUUUGCAACAAUUUAUUGUUAAAUUGACUAACACUUUGAAUCAUUAAAUGGCGGUUAUUUAAACAUUCCCAAGAGCUGAACACUACAACUAUCAUGGUUCCAUUUUAAAUUACUGCUGUUUUUAUGUUUUUCUCUAGGGUAAGCGUUGCCUCAAGAUGACAGCUGUUCCAACUGUGUUUCCAGAUCACCAGGUAAGGUCCUCUGUGUUAGGUGUGAAACGCAGGAUUUUGGGAGGUAGUGACACAGAGGUAAGGCAGCCGUCACUUAAAUCAGCCAAGGUUUCUCAGGUCAGCAUACAGGAGUCACACGUAGACCAAGGCCACGUUAGCUUUCCAUCUGCUGCCGAUUACAGCAAUGCCACCUUGACUGAAAAUGCAAAUGGGAAUGACCCAUUAAGCAUUGACAUCUGUCAGGCUGACACUGCUGUAACAGUGAAUGCAUUUAGGGAAGACCACAGUUAUUCAGCAUCAGCACCAAUGAAUACAGCACUUGUCCCCAUUGGAGAGGAUCACAGCUACCAUCUGAAGUCUCCUAAAACUCUGAAAAAGAAAAGUCAGGCCACCGAAAAGAUUGUGACAAAGUUGAGGAAAAAGCUAAAAGGGCAAUACCAAAAGUCAAGGCGUUUAAAGAAAAGAAACUGCACCUUGAAAGAUGCCAUCAAACAACUCAAGGAGAAGUUACUGAUUUCGAGUCAGUGUGCAUCUCUGCUUGAGUCAAUUGAUGAAGUGCCAAAACACAUCUUGUGGAGGAUGCAGAAGGGGAAAACGUCAGCCAAGUUCCCAGAGGAGCUGAAGCAGUUUGCCACCACACUGCACUUUUACUCCCCAAAGGCAUAUGACUAUGUUCGUGACAACUUUGGAAAAGCUUUGCCACAUAGCCACACCAUCCGCAGUUGGUACAGCAGCAUUUCAGCUGAUCCUGGAUUUACUGCAGCAUCUUUCACAGCACUGAAAUGUCACGUGCAGGCCAACAGUGAGAAGGGUAAAGCAACAAUCUGUGCCCUCUUGAUGGAUGAAAUGUACAUCCACAAGAUGACCGAGUUUGCAGGGGAUCAGUUCCAUGGCUAUGUAGACAUAGGGACUGGUGAAAUAGAUAACACUCUUGCCACCCAGGCCUUGGUCCUCAUGGUUGUGGCUGUCAAUGAGUCAUGGAAAAUCCCAAUCGCAUACUUUCCCAUCACAGGUAUGGAUGGAUCAGAGAAGGCAAACGUUGUAAGGGAGAGCCUCAGCAGGCUUCAUGAGGUUGGUGUUCAAGUGAUUUCACUUACUUGUGAUGCCCCAACAACUAAUCUGGCAAUGAUAAAGGAACUUGGAGUCAAUCUGGAUAUCAGCAACAUGAAGCCAUACUUUUUGCACCCUGACAAAUCUGAGCAAAAAGUACAUGUUAUCCUGGAUGCUUGCCACAUGCUCAAACUUCUUCGUAAUGCCUUUGCAUCCUCACUGGAGUUUGAGACAGAAGAUGGGGCAAAGAUAAAAUGGAAGUACUUUGAAGCUCUAAAUAAACUCCAAGAGAAAGAAGGUCUGCAACUUGGCAACAGACUGAAGAUGGCUCACAUACAAUGGAGGAACCAAAAAAUGAAAGUCCAUCUGGCAGCACAGCUCUUCAGCAGCAGUGUGGCAGAUGCCAUGGAGUACUGUGAACAAGUUUUGAAGUUGGAGGAGUUCAAGGCUGCGCUGCAACUGUUCACUUUGUGCGCACUGUAGAUGCAGCUUUUGAUGUGCUUAACAGCCGCAACCCCUUCGGAAAAGGUUUCAAAGCACCGAUCAAACCAACAACUAGAGAUCGAGCAGAGACCAUGUUAAAGCAGACCGAAACUUUGCUUCGAGGGUUGAAGGUUCAGCAGUUCAACAAGAUGGUGCCACUUCACGCCACAAAAAAGAAGACUGCCAUAUAUGGCUUCAUUCUCAAUGGAAGAAGUGCGCUCAACAUCUACCAUGACCUUGUUGAGAAGGACAAUCCUCCAUGCAGGUAUCUUCUUACUUACAAACUGAGUCAGGAUCACUUGGAGCUCUUCUUUGCUGCCAUAAGAGCUCGGGGUGGCCACAACGACAACCCGAAUGCUAGGCAGUUCAGGGGGGCCUACAAACACCUUCUUCUGAGGCACCAAGUGAAAACAGGCACAGGCAAUUGUUUACUGCGAGACAACACCCACAUUCUCAGCUCAACACCUGCAGCAGGAAACGUUGCUCGGAGAAUGGAACUGCAGUUGGUGGAAGUGGAUGUGCCAGAAGAUGACACCAUUCCUGACCUUCCAGAUGUUCCCUGCCUUUCUGAAUACAAAGAGGCAGUGAUUAACUACAUCGCAGGAUUCAUUGUGAAGAAGAUGAAGGACAAAAUCACCUGCUUUCCUUGCUCACAGGCUUUAACAACUGAUGGCUCCACACACAGUUUCAUCCAUUUGAAAAAUAGAGGCGGUCUCCAGAAACCAUCUUCAGGCAUGGUGUCAGUGUGUGCAAUCACAGAGACAUGCAUUCAGAGGAGGAUAAAAAUGAAUGCAGGUCAGCUUCCCUGUGGACGUGGAAUCACAUCAACCAUUGUCACUCAGGUUCUUGCAGAUUGUGCGGAGAAAGACCUUUUUCCACAGCUGCACAGCCAUAUGUUUGACACAUGUGUUGAAGUGAACCAUAUUCAUGUUUUGGUGAAAAUGGCCUCCUCCUGGUAUUGCAAAGUCAGAUUCAGUCAUUUUGCAAGGAGGCAAACUGAGAUGGCAAAAUCAGACAAGAUGGUCCGCAGAAAGCUAACUAAAUUGAUCCACUUUUAUGGUGAGUAAAAUCUGUAUUCACUGUAUUGACUCUAAGGCAACCCUGGUUAUAAGACAACUUCCCCUUGUUAAGACAAAAUUUUAAAAAGACUUUUUAAAAAAAAACAUACUUGUCUUAUAGAGAAAGGAAUUUUAAUUAAAAAUGAUCUUAACAGGCCAGCUGAUCACAUACAGUCUCUGAUUUAUCAAUUAAAGAGAACAAAUAUGACAACCCCCAUCCAACUAACAACUUAAAUUGUUCUACUUUUCAAAAUUUGACACAAAGUCAUCACAGAUUAAAUCAGUUUCUGAGAGACUGGAUCUGGACAGUCUUAAAAUACACUGAUGUUCUCUGUGAUUUAAAAAAGCCUCCAUUUUGUGGGAAACAUACAGAGUUUAUCCCCUGCAAGGUAGAAGUCUGGCAUGGUGUGUAAUUUACAGUAGGCUUUACUGAUCUAAUGUUAAGCAGUUAACAUUACCCUAGAGUGUUCAAUUAUUAAACUUUGGUAAAAGUCAUAACCAAUCCCAUCUUUCUCAUGUAUAUUUGAAAUUCAAAAACCAGGACUUGUUUUGUGGUCAAUACAGUUUAUUGAUCAGACUCAUACAACAUAUCCAGUACACAUAAUGAUUCACAGUCCACAUAAACAGGACUGAAUCAUCAACAGAAGACUGAAGAUGCCUGUAUUUUCCUGAUCCUCUUGAAAUCUCUGGAUGCUGCAUGUUGUGAUUUACAGUCCGCAUAAACAGGACUGAAUCAUCAACUGAAGACUGAAGAUGCCUGUACUUUCCUGAUCCUCUUGAAAUCUCUGGAUGCUGCAUGUUGUGAUUUACAGUCCGCAUAAACAGGACUGAAUCAUCAACAGAAGAUGCCUGGACUCAGCUGAUCUUCCUGUCAUCUGUUUUACCACAGUUUAAGGAUUGACAGUCCACAUAAACAGGACUGAAUCCUUUUAAACCCAAAUUCAAAAAGUAUGCAAAGACCCCUUUACUGCAGUUCCGCUAUGUAAAUUAGUUUUAGCAGUAUUUCUUUCGCACUUUACAAAGGUUUAAGCGUGUUUGUUCUAUAAAGUCUAAAGUUCAUGUUAAAGUUUAGGAAAGUAUAUCAAAAGAAACAAAAAAAAUGUUCAGAUUAUUGUGUAAAAUCCUUUUUUUAUGACCCCAUAUAUUAAAGAAUGAGAACUUUGUUUAAUGUAGAGUUAUUUAAGUUAAAUGUUUGUUAGAGUUUAAAACAAAUCAAAAAAUGAUUCAAAAUAAAAUAGUGUGGAUUUGUUAAAAUGCUGCGUUCAAUAUUGUUUGUGUUAUUUAUGUAAAUAGAAAAACUCAAAAAGCAAGAAGUUAACAAAAAGCACAAAAUUUAAAAAAAAAGUUUUAUUAAGAGUUAAAAAUGUUCUUGUGUAAUGUAAAUACAACAUAUCAAUAUAUGUUUUCUAUGUGUGGUGUUGCAUUCAGAGUUCUUCAAAUUUCUAAGCAUUUGUAUUAUAUUUCAAUGUUUGUAUUGUAUAUUUGAAUGUUUGUUGUGUUAGAAUUUGUCUUGUUUGCCAAGUUUGUCUUGUCCUGUGGACCCACUCGUGGCCUGCACCUUGUCGUGGUGAGUGGGCUUUCAACCAAGAUGGGCCUUCUGUGUUACAUGUAUUAAAGCCACAUCAGAAACAAGAUCAGAACAAUACUAUUUUAACAGUAAGGAAAUAGAUUGUGAAGACAAAGUCAAGACAAAUGAGAAAAGAGUGAGAUUAAAAUGUCAUUAAAUUUAGGAAUUUGCAUGUAGUUGUAGUGUCUGCUACCACCUACUGGUCAUUAUUAGUUAGUGUUAUCAGUCAUUUUCAGUUUAAGUUGGCGCAGCCUGGAGUAAAAAAACAGGAAUCAUGUUGCAAAAAAAAUUUGAGUGAUACCACAUGAACAACUUCUUAUGCUUAGACCAAAUGUGCCCUGUUAGAUAAAGGUAACAGCACUAGCCAAGUAGUAGUCUCUAAGAAUGCUAACCAAAUGAAACCUUUUAAAUAAUUGGACAAGUAUAUCAAAACCUCUAAAGUUUUCAUGCUGAGCUACCACCUGGUUUGAGACAUAAGUGUCUUAAUGAAUUUAAGUGCUUGUAUUCACAAUUUAAUUGAUGAAUUUCUUUGUGUUUUUCAGACUUCAUCACCAACCACUGA